AUGGUGUUACUCCCAGCUCUGUACAUUCACUUGACUGGCAAACAGGGCUGCUGUGGAAACCGUUGUGGGAUGCUGUUAUCCAUUUUGUUUGCUGCUGUGGGUGUGGCUGGUGCACUGUAUAGUUUUAUUGUGGCUAUACUGGGUUUGCAGAAUGGUCCUCUCUGCCGUGUUCUUCUGAUUUGGUCCACACCUUUUAAAGACAGAGACAGCAGUUACCUGUCAGACAGCACAUGGUGGGGCACAUGCACGGAACCCAAAGAUAUUGUCCAGUUUCACAUUGGGUUAUUCAGUACCCUGCUGGCCACAAGCGCUCUGCAGGUCAUUCUUUGUGCCAUUCAGAUGAUCAAUGGCCUCUUUGGUUGUCUGUGUGGAGCCUGCGUAGAGAAAGGGCCUCUGUAA